UCACCUCUCCACGUAUGGAUCUUUCAUUUUUCCAGAAGAAGCAAGCCGUGUGAAAGUGCGCAAGCGGCUGCACAAAUCAAGAUAUAUUCUCACAUUUUUUUAUACAUAACGCAUAUCACCAAACCUCCAGGAGCAGAGGCUGGAUUUUAAAAUAAGGAAUUAUCACGGACUUCCCUCUGCCAUCAUUUUGCUAUGGAACAAAGAGGAGGCAAAUCACGGAGGGAGCGACAUUGUUGGUUCCUUUUGUUUGCUUUGAACGCUGCAUGGAGCGGGGUUUUUGCGCAGCUCAAAUACUCCAUWCCCGAGGAGGUUCAGGGUGGAACUGUGGUUGGAAACAUAGCAAAGGAUUUGGGGCUAGAUAAGAGUGCUCUCCAAAACAGAGGGUAUCGCAUUGUGGCAGGCGCAACCGAGCCGCUGUUUGAGGUGAAUGCGAACGACGGCGUCCUGUUUCUGAAAAAGAAAAUUGACAGAGAGGAGGUGUGCGAGCGGAGCAGUUCGUGCGUAAUUAACCUCAAAACGGUGUUGGAAAACCCGCUUGAGAUUCACUAUGUGACUGUUGAAAUUCUGGAUAUUAAUGAUCACUCGCCUGUUUUUCCUGAGAAAGAAAAAAAGCUGGACAUUUCCGAGUCGGCUCUGCCGGGGGCGAGGUUCCAGCUGCAGGCUGCGGGUGAUCCAGAUGUGGGCCAGUUUUCUAUCCAGCAAUACAAACUGAGCCAAAACGAACAUUUCAGAGUUGAGGUGAAAGACCGCGGAGGAGAUCGAAAAGUACCAUUUUUAGUCCUGCAGAAGCAGUUAGACAGAGAGACAGCUGGGAAGCACAGGCUGCGUUUAACCGCUGUAGAUGGAGGCAAACCGGCCAAAUCUGGAGACAUAGACAUUAUUGUGGAUGUGCUCGAUGUUAAUGACAACUCCCCAGUUUUCACUAAYGAGGUGUAUUCUGUCAAGAUUAUGGAAAAUGUUCCUAUUGGUACUACAGUGAUUCAGAUAAAUGCAACAGAUUUGGAUCAGGGAGCAAAUAGUGAAAUAAUUUAUUCAUUUGGUAACGAAGUUGAUCCAAAAUUACUGAAGCUUUUUAGUAUAGAUGAAAACACAGGUGAAAUCAAAGUGAUAGGACAGGUUGAUUUUGAAAAAGAUAAAAUUUACGAAAUUGACAUUCAGGCAUCUGAUCAGGGACCGGUUCCUUUAACAAGUAGUAAAAGUGUUACAUUAAAUGUUAUUGAUGUUAAUGAUAAUGCACCGGAAAUUGAAGUGAUGUCAUUUUCUAGCUCCAUAAAAGAAGAUUCAAAUAUUGGAACAACUGUGGCUCUAAUCAGUGUUAGUGAUUUAGACUUUGGGACAAAUGGAAAAGUAAUUUGCAUGAUUAAAGAGGAUGUACCUUUUAGUUUAUCUCCAUCUUUACAAGAAAAUAUGUAUGCUGUUAUAACCAGGUCACAGCUAGACAGAGAGAAUGUAGUUCAAUAUGAUGUCACCAUUACAGCUAAAGACACUGGUGAGCCCUCAUUUUUGACUGAGAAGACUAUCAGGGUGGUUGUGUCUGAUGUUAAUGACAACAUUCCAGAAUUUUUAUCAAGCCCUUACACUUUUUAUAUUAACGAGAACAACAGUCCUGGGGCCUUUGUGUUUUCUGUAAAGGCCCAAGAUCAUGACGAAGGUGAAAAUGCUAUCAUUUCCUACCAUCUAUCCAGAGAUUUAAGUGGAAAUAAUAAGCUGAACUCAUUCUUAAGCAUAAACUCUGAAAAUGGAGAUAUUGUGGCACUGAAGAGUUUUGAUUUUGAGAGUCUGAAAACUUUCCAGUUCCAAGUUGUGGCCACAGAUUCUGGAGCUCCGUCUCUGAGCAGCAACGUGACAGUGAACGUGUUCAUUCUGGAUCAGAACGACAACGCUCCAGUCAUCCUGUAUCCAGUCAGCUCCAACGGUUCUGCUGAAGGCGUGGAGGAGAUUCCCCGCAACGUGAACGCAGGACACUUGGUGACUAAAGUCAGAGCCUAUGACGCUGAUAUAGGAUAUAACGGCUGGCUGCUGUUCUCACUGCAGGAAGUCAGUGACCACAGUCUGUUUGGUUUGGACCGCUACACAGGACAGAUCAGAACACUUCGCUCYUUCACAGAGACAGACGAGGCUGAGCAUAAACUGCUCAUACUGGUCAAAGACAAUGGCAACGUGUCCCUGUCAGCAACAGCUACUGUCAUUGUCAAACUGGUGGAGCCCAAAGAGGCUUUUGCAGCUUCUGAUGUGAAAAGUGCAGCAAAAGAUGAGGAGGACAAUAAUGUGACUUUUUACCUCAUCAUCACUCUGGGCUCAGUGUCAGUUCUGUUCCUCAUCAGCAUCAUCGUGCUGAUUGCAAUGCAGUGCUCCAAAUCCACAGACUAUACUUCUAAAUAUCUGCAGGAGGCUAAUUAUGAUGGGACACUGUGUCACAGCAUCCAGUACAGAUCUGGAGACAAACGCUACAUGUUAGUUGGACCCAGGAUGAGUAUAGGAUCUACUUUAGGACCCGGAAGUCAUGCAAACACUCUGGUGUUACCUGACAGGAGGAAAACURCUGAGGAGGUAAGAGGCAAUUGUUAAAAAAAGUUUGUUGUCAGUGCAAGUGUUGCAUUUUCUUUAGAAAAUUUACAGCCAUUUGCAUUGUUUUAGGGAUAUCUGUGUAAUGCAUUCUGUUACACGGUUUAGCACCUGUUGGGUUACAACAUUUGUCUUGGAAAUUAUUUCAAUUUACAGUAGCCCAUUCUCAUGCCCCCCGCAUCAAGGUAUUGAUAUUUCUUGUAGCCAACAUUCACGUCACAUAAAUAUUUGCACUACUUUUGU